AUGGCCUCGCUCGUCGAGAUAUCGCCUAUUGCUGAGUUCACCUCCGUCCUCGCCACCCUCCCUUCUGCUUCCUCCGAAGUCACACAGGUCGUCACCGGCGUCCGCGUCUCUACGAACGAGAUUCUUGACGCGAUCAAGAACAACCCCGUCAACGGCACCGCGACUGUGGCUUCACGCGGUCUUGACAAGCGUGCUUCGCUUGGUGUUUACCUCUGCAGGGACGCGCCGUUUGUGGACGGUACUUGCGAGCACAUCUUUGGCAACCCUGGUGACUUUAGUAUGUGUGACUCCACCUGCCCUUCAAACAAUAACGAAAACGGCUGCCGCCAGUUGGACUCCUCCUACCCCAGCCGCUCCAACCUGAACACUGCCGCCAACAAUGUUUGUGGCGUCAACUCGAAUGAUAAGAUUAGGAGUUAUAGGUGCCGGAAUGCUUAG